AUGUCUUCCAUCUACAAUGCAGACCUCAAAAGCCAUCGAAGGGCGCCGCCGCCGCCAGAUUCGUCCACAGACCCCGAUCGUAUGCGGCUCGGGCUUCUGAGUAAGCACCGUGGUUGGGUGUAUCUCAAGGACGAUGGAAUGUUCACGUCUUUCCGGUGGAACAAGCGGUACAUGGCAUUUGGCGACCGAGCUGUCAAUUUCUUUAAGAACGAGCCCGUAGACUUUGGCCGUGAUGUGGAAUUGCAGUAUCCGCUCAAUCUCAUUAGUGCGAUCAAUAUCAAACCGAAUUCGGGCUAUAACAAGACCUCGCAGACGCUUGAGAUCGUGCCUAAGAACGGAACUAAACCGCUCUUGAUCUCUGUGAAAACCAACAACGAGCUUCACGAUUGGCUCGAUGCAUUUGCCUCCAAAUGUCCCUUGGCCUCCAUCAAUCUGUAUGGACUCGGCGCCAUGGGUUCUGCCGGCGUCUCACUGCCAAUAAACUUCACACAUAAGAUCCAUGUGGGUUUCGAUCCUGCCAGUGGAAAUUUCACCGGCUUGCCAGAGGCCUGGAAGAGCAUGCUUCAGCAUUCUAAAAUUACGAAUGAGGAUUGGAAAAAAGAUCCCGUGGCUGUCAUUGAAGUUCUUGAAUUCUACUCUGAUAUCAAUGGCUCAAAUAAUAACACGCCUAUCAAUUCUCCUGCGCUCAACACUUCAAAGGCUGAGAUGAAUUUACAUGACUGGACAAAGGCUCCUUCUGCUCGUCCUGUGGCUGACGAGCUAAAGCCUAUUCGAGCCGCUCCGAAGGUACCUGUACCAUAUCACCUUACACAACAACACCUGCUGCUGCUGUUGCCGCAACUACUGCAGCCAGAGCAGAGCUCUCCACUCAGUAGGCUCAUGAAUGCGGGUGUCAACAAUCAAAGCACCCAAAGCCGGGGAGACUUGAUUCCUGCGCGUCGUGCCCCUCCUCCUCCAGGAUCAAAUGCUGGAGCCACUCAUAAGCAUCCACCUCAGAUCCAAGAUUCUCUUGGUUCUGGUCCAUACAACAAUUAUCCUGCCAAUGCUCAUAAUCAGACACGGCCAUUGACUAAGCCACCUCUCUCGCAAAACUCUGUGCCUCGUGCUGCACCUCCAUCUCUACCCUAUGAUGUCCCUCAAAAUUUGAAAAUUCAGCCCCAAAACAUCAAAAACACGCUUGCUGCAAAACCUGAGUAUGGAGCCGGCAAUAUGCAACCAGCCCCAGUCUACAAUAAUUACCCAUCUAUACCUAAAACUCCCCACGUUAACAACAACGUUAGUGAGGGCCAGUCUAAUCAAUUUUCUCAUCUGGAUUUGCCAUCCUUGAAGCCCUUAACGUUGAAACCAGCAGCAGUGGCUGUGCCUAAACCCGUUCAACAGCAACCCCCUGCCCAACCUGUGUCGAAACCUGCCCCAAAACCAGCCAAAACUGCAAAACAAAUCAAAAAGGAGAAGGAGAAGCUUAAUGACAAACAGGUCCUUGAUAAAUUGAGGACAGUCGUCAAUAACAAUGAUCCGUCAUCAUUAUUCCGUAUCAUUUCUAAAGCAGGCCAGGGUGCAUCUGGAGAAGUUUACUUGGCCGAGUCUCUCAUUCCUGGCGAAAAGAGACGCAAGGUUGCCAUCAAGCAAAUGGAUCUUCAGGCACAGGCUAGCAAAGAGCUGAUUUUUAACGAAAUUCUAGUCAUGAAAGAUUCUAAGCAUGAAAACAUCGUAAACUUCCUUGACUCAUACUUGAGAGGAAACAAUGAUCUCUUGGUCAUUAUGGAAUACAUGGAGGGCGGAUCGUUAACCGAAGUGAUUGAAAAUAAUGAGUCAAAGAUCAACGAGAGACAGAUCGCUACUAUUUGUUUCGAAACUUUGAAGGGCUUACAAUUUUUACAUCAAAGGAAUAUCAUUCAUAGAGAUAUCAAAUCAGACAAUGUCUUGCUCAGUGCUGAGGGACAUGUCAAAAUCAUCGAUUUUGGCUUCUGUGCGAAGUUAACAGACCAGAGGUCGAAGCGUGCCACAAUGGUUGGAACGCCUUACUGGAUGGCACCAGAGGUGGUUAAACAGAAAGAGUAUGAUGAAAAAAUUGAUGUUUGGUCGCUAGGAAUUAUGACAAUUGAAAUGAUUGAAGGAGAGCCUCCAUAUUUGAAUGAAGAGCCCUUGAAGGCAUUGUUUCUCAUUGCGACGAAUGGUACUCCAAAGUUGAAAAAGCCUGAACUUUUGAGUAACUCAAUCAAGAAAUUUUUGUCAAUUUGUCUCUGUGUGGACGUGCAGUACAGAGCUUCUACCGAUGAGUUGCUUCAACAUUCUUUCAUUCAGUACAAGAGCGGUGAUGUUUCAGAGUUGGCGCCUUUGUUGCAAUGGAAGAAAGAACAGUCAUAG